AUGUGUACACUUUGUUACAAAUGUCAGGACGCUCUAUUAAAAGGACACAUUCCAAAAUUUUCAGCUGCUAAUGAUGUAUGGUUAGGUGAUGUGCCGCCCGAAUUACAAGGUCUAACGAUUCCAGAAGAAAAAUUAAUAUCACUUUACCGUCAUAAUAGCUGUGUGAUAAAACUUCAUUCGCCUUUUCAUUCAGCUACGACUUCACAAACAGCAUUGAAAGGCAAUUGUAUAACUUUUCUUCAAAAUAUACCAAGUAUUGUUACUAGUCUACCACUUGCACUUGAUGAUCUUGGUGUUCUUGAUGUUAAUGGCUCCAUGGUGUCUUCUGAUGAUAUUGCAAAAUAUUUUUUACACAAAGUUAAAAACAGUAAAACAGAAGAACAAAUGGACAACGAACGAGUUUACUUGAUUCCUCAUUCUUCCAAGCCUGUUAGUGAGUACUUUAAUCCAAAACUAUUAGCCGGCCUGUAUCCAACUUUAUUUUGCUAUGGACGUGGAGCACCUGAAAGUCAAACGCGUCCAAUUGAAAUAAACUUACGAGAACAUAUACGAUACUUGUUGUCCUACAGCGAUCGACGUUUUGAAAAAAAUCACAGUUUUAUAUUCGUGGUCUUCAAUAUAUUGCAACGGCGUGAUGCUUGCUUCCAUGCUCAAUUAAUAGCAACGAAACCUUACUUUCGAUCAUCUGCUCACGAAAUUCAAUCUUUAAGCAGCGAAGAUAUUGAAACAGCUCUUAAAAAUAUCUCCGAAAGAACCUACCAUAUGAAGUCCAGCAAAGCGUUAAAUAAAUUAUUGAAUCAUAUCAAAACAAUUGAUGGUCGCGUGAUGGGUUCAGCAUAUUCACGUACAGCUUUACGUACCAAAAUUCAUGCACUUAUUUAUAACCAAGGCCUUCCAAGCAUAUUUCUUACUUUGAAUCCAGCCGAUAUUCAUAGUCCUGUGGCAUUAUAUUUUGCAGGUGUUAAGCUUGAUCUAGACAACAUCCAAACAGAGCAACUUAUGGACACUUAUAAAAGAGCGGAAAUUAUUGCUUCUCAUCCCGUUGCUACCGCCAAAUUUUUUCAUAUAUUAAUUACUAAUAUCUUAGAUACUAUGAUUGUUGGUGGUGUACUUGGACCAAUAAAAGCUUACUUUGGUACUGUUGAAAGCCAAGGACGAGGUUCUCUUCAUCUUCAUCUUCUUAUUUGGCUUGAUCACGAUAUGACACCAGCCUAUAUGAAAGAGAAGAUUCAAAAUGUUGAUUUUCGUGAAAAGUUAAUAGCAUAUUUAGAAGAUAUUAUUAAAGAAGAUUUAGAUGAGUUCAAAGAUAAACAUGUCUUAGAGUAUUUGAAUGAUACACCAUCAAGAAAUACAUCACCACGAUUAUCAAAAGAUAACAUUUAUACAGCUUUGCACACCAUCGAUAUUACGGAUUUUCAACAAAAUAUAAAUCAAUCUAAUACUUGGUCGACACCAGUGAAAGAACAAUUGUCUUCAUCAACUUCUCAACUAUAUGCUUCACCAAAAAGAUUCUUACAAACGCCAACUCAUAAUCAUUCAAUAUUCGGUAAAAUAUAG